AGAGAUUUAAAAAAAUAACAGAGUACAUACGGAAAUGAUUACAACGAUCCCACAGCUUUUCAGAUCUUGUUCGCAGGCGGCGACACGAGUUCUGACUAUUGCGUCAAUCACCGCCGCCGUCGGCGCAGCCGCAACCAAACCCCGAUACGACCGACCCCGAAUUCCACAGCAGCCAUCAUCCUCACGGCCUGGACGAGAUGGGCACACACAUUCGUUCCACGAAGCCGCACUUGAAGCCAGCAACUAUGCGAGGCCAAUAGUCGGAUCGACGCCCUCUGACCAAAACCUCUUCUCGAGGCUUGUGUUUUACGAGCUGUCUCUCUAAAACCCUGUCUUUUCGUUCCUCCGUACGAAAGCGACAUGAAUACUACUACUACUACUACACACCUCCCUUCCCCUCCGACCUCGAGGCCAACGUCCCCAACACCAUUGAGCAAAGAUGCAAGGGUUGAUACUCGCGUGGAAGAGGAGGGGAAAGAGGACGGAAGGGCAUUGUCGGAGCGCCUGGACGAUCUGCUCGCAUCUUACCUGACUCUACUCGACACCUACACCAAUCUCCGAACGCAACUGUCCAAGGAGUUCUCGUUCGGAUUCUAUGCCCUGGCGCAAGCAAACCGAAACACAAACCUCGGCCCAGGUCGACGCUACGGGGAAGAAGGUUACGAUGAACGCAUGAAGGCUUUGAAAACGGUACAUAUCAUGCAAAAUGCCGCAUCCAAGUCACAUUGUUCCACCGCUACGGGCCAGGAAGCGGGAGAGAACGAUGAAACUACUACCACACCACCCAAAGGUUCAUCACCGACACAAAUCGGAGUCCCCUCCUCCAGAGAAGAAGAAGAAGAAGGGCAUUCCAAACUUCCAGCACCCAAAUCCAUGCACAACCAAGACGCCAGCGAAGACGAUCAAGGAAGUCUAAAACAAUCCGUCCCUCCCUCGACGUCUCCAUCAUAUCCCGUACACGCCACGUCUCAUCCAGCUCCCUGCUGCUACACGUAUUCCGUCGAGAGCGACACCACCACCAUCACCACCACCAACAAAGACCGCCCUUCCUCAACCUCUUCCUCAUCGCCAGCCUCACCAUCUCCUUUGUCCUCCGAUGAGACCUCAGUCUCUGACACCCAAGAUAAAGCCAAGACCAAAGUCAAAGUCAAAGCCAUCUCAAAGGAUCCGUUAAAGUGGUAUGGUAUCCUCGUCCCUCCGGCUUUGCGUCAGUGUCAGUCCCAUUUCCAUGGCUCGAUGUCAUCCACAAUCCCUGAGCUCCUUGGCAUCAUGUCAGCCUUACAACGAUUCGAAGUCAAUAUCUGGGAGACUCGUCGCGCUCUCGGUAUGGCCGAGGAGUACGAACAUGAGUGGGAUGAAUCUUCAGCAAAGACUUAGGAACCUAAACUAAGGUAACAAGGAUGCGGGAGCCGAGAUAGAUGGCGAAUUUUCGACGUCGGUCUCGAGUCCGGAACCAGGGGCACAAUGAAAGCAGGUCUCAGCCUGCAUCAAAGUCCCCAUCGCUACUGUCUCCGUCGUCACCUGCGCAUGAGGUCAUGGUGAUGCACAUGGCAAACAGAGUACACAUGUCAAUAGGGCUCAUCUCGGGAAAAAGUGCAUUCAGUUGAAGACCUCAAGCUGAGAUGUAAAUAACUAUAGUGUAUCUUCGACGUAGCCAGCGUCCGCGAUCCCCAUUCCAGUCAAUAUUCCGGAAACUUAACCAUGCAUCUACUAUUUGGUCAUGUGGGUGGUGUCUGUCUCCUCGCUCGCCUCCAUGCAUGAUUACUCUCAGCCUUCCAUGGCAAUGUCGCCUUGAUGAUCGGUUUUCUUCUGAACACGCAUUGGGUUUCCUUCGACGUUUCCGAGGCCGGUUUCGUUUUCCUCGACGAGAGGGUCUUGAAGACAAUCGAUUUCCCCUUUUUGCGAUCUGAUGUCGUCCGUCUUAAUAGGAGAGCUAACAACAUGCCUGGCUGCCGGACUUCGUACGACCUCCUCAAGAUCUCCAUCCCAGUAGCUUGGUCGUCGCUUCCUCCGGCUCUCUGGAGGUCGAUUACCCUUCCUCCAUUGCAUCACGUUGGGACUGAGGUCUUUGAGGCCUCUGCCAACAUCACUACUACCUGAAUCAAGUGCGGACCUACCAUACAGACUCAUUCGAACUGCGGCUCUUGUCUCCUCGUCGAGUUCAAUGAUCUCCUCGCCAUCUUCAAGUUUCAAUCUGGGAUCCAUUGAUGCCGACUCAAUCGCCACGCCUUCUGUGGCUUCGAUCAUAGAACUUUCAAGCUCUCGUGAUCGUUUUCUAAAUUGAGCUGGAUGGAGCGGCGCCGAAUGAGUCGACUUUGGAGGACUGCUUCGAAACCUCAUUUCAUCGGGUAGACGCGACCUGUUUGAGCGCUGUUGACGGAGAGCCGGCCUCGGCCCAUAGGACCGCCCAUAAUAUUUGUUUACGCCUCUGGCAUUUGCGAGCGCUGCGACUCCGUGCUUUCUGAACCUGCUCGGAGGCCUAGCUAACGGUGUCAGAGUGUCGGUUCUGUACGAAUCACGAAUCAUCGAGUCCGGAGCAGCAUCAUGUCCAGAAACUUUUCCAGCUGCUGUGGAAAAGGAGUAAAUUGCAGUGCCGGGUUCUCUGGAAAAAUCUGGACUAUCUCUGGCAUAAUACCAGCCUGGCUGGAAAUGUUCGGCCGCCCCAGACAUGUAGUCGCGGUUUGGAGGUACAUACGGACGAUGUGGGUGUCUCGGUGGUUGAAGGAGAGCAGAGCUGGGGUUGAUGUUAUCAUGAUAAGGUCGUCUUGGUCCUGCUGAUGCUAUUGUUGCUGGUUUCAUCCUCAGCAUGGGCAUGGGGCUCCCUGUUGCAGUGGUACGAUUGAACGACAUAGGUGGUUGAGAGACCAAGUGGUUCUGAUGAUGACGAUGAGGGUUCUGAUGCUCAUAACUCUUUGGAUUCGACUGGUGACCGGGGGAUUCUGGCGUGGAAUUGAAAUGCAAAGCAGGAUCAGGACAAAGCACUAUCGGGCUCCUUUCAUGUAGCGAAAUAUCAGGACAUGGUGUCACGGCGCUUCUGCUCGAGGUUGGUGAGGACAUAUCAUUAUCACUUCCCUUUUUACGCGCAGGUUUGUGGAAUAGGCUGCUGAGCAUUCCACGCCUGAGCCUGGCUGAGUCUGCAGCAGCCUUCGCUGAAGGAGGCAACUUGAUUGAUUCGGUCGAGUCCGUCGAAGAUUCCAUAGUGACUUGUGCAUCUGCUGAUUUCCUCUUCAAGUGACAAACAGUGGGUGAUACUUCUGCACCAUCCAUGUCCAUUUCGUGGUCGCUACUGACCUUGAGGUGUGUCAUUGGUCGUUCCAGGUCAUCUGCGGACGAGUACUCCUCGGGUGAGGUGCAAGGGUCACCACCAUCACUUCGAUCAGUAUCUGCAUCGGGCGAACACAGAGCCAUAGCAUCCUUAUUCUGCACGGUAUUCCCGGCCGGCGAAGUGAAGCC